AUGGCGUUGGGCUUGGCCCCUUUGGCGAUGGGAAAGGCGGUUCAUAACAACUACCCCGGCCGGCGGGACGGCCACCAGCAAGUACCCCACCAGAACGGGCUCAGCAGCGUCAACGGGGACCACGCUGCACUAGCCGCCGAGCUUCAGCGCCUGAUCGGUCUGCAUCCGGGCAGCGGCGUCUCAAUUAACUUCCUCUGGGUCAACCUCGGCGGCGGUGCAGCAACCACCGUGUUGGGCACGACCGCGACAGUCACCGUCACCCAGACCGUGGCCACCGGCGGCGUUGCCACCGCACCACCCGCAGUCGUUACCGGCACCGCAACCGAAGUAGCGCCGCCGGCCGCCACAACCGUCGUUGCUGGGGGUCAAACACACAACGUCACGGUGGGCGGACCGCAGGGCCUGUCAUUCAGCCCGCAGCAGCUGACGGCUGCCGUCGGCGACACCGUUAUCUUCACCUUCCUCAGCCAGAACCACACCGUCACCCAGUCCGCGUUUGAGACACCCUGCCAGGUUCUCGAGGGCGGCAUGGACUCUGGCUUCCAGGCCAAUCCCAACAACACGGUCAACCCGCCGCCGCAGGUCGCCAUGCAAAUCAUGGUUGAUACUCCACUCUGGUUCUACUGCCGUCAAAACAACCACUGCGGCAAGGGCAUGGUCUUCUCCAUCAAUCCGACCGCCGAGAAGACGCACGCCAUGUUCCAGUCCCUGGCCAUCCAGCAGGCGGGCAACGGGGCCGGCGGUGCCAUCACGGGCAACGGCCCCGCCGCCGACCCCAACGCGUCUUCGUCCGCUUUGGCUACGCCUACCCCGGUCGCGACCUCCGCCGCGGGCGCCACCGACGUGGCCACGGCCACCGACGCAGCAGGCGCCGUUAACACGGGCAUCGCGACGGGUGUCGGCCAGGUCGGCGCUGACGGCAGCUGCGUCUGCGCGGUCCAGUGCAGCGUCGGCGGGUUCCCCAACGUCGCCGUCCAGGGGAGGGAUAACUUUGGCGGGUGGGGCGGCGCCGUCCCCAUGGCCAUGGUCGGCGCCGCGGUGCCCCCGGCUAAGGCAUAA